UGGAAGGGAAGAGGAAAGAGUGGGAUGAGGAGUGAAUGGAUGUGAAAGCAGAAAUCAGAGGCUGAAGGCUUGGAGUGAGUGCUGAUGAGGACACUGUCACUAAAAGGCUCAGCUAUGGCCAGCAUCCUCCACCAUGGAGAAAAUCACAACUGCACCAACGUGGACCGACUGAUGAAACGCUAUUACCUGCCCGUCUCCUACACCGUUAUCUUCAUCGUGGGCCUGGUGGGAAAUGUAACCUCCAUUGGUGUUUACCUGAAAAAGCUGCGUCCCUGGAAGAGCAGCAGCAUCAUCAUGGUCAACCUCGCACUGACCGACCUCCUCUAUGUCCUCAGCAUGCCUUUCCUGGUUUACUACUACAGCAAUGGGGAUUCUUGGAUGCUCGGCGACUUCAUGUGCCGCUUUGUGCGCUUCGGGUUUCAUUUUAACCUGUAUGGGAGCAUCCUCUUCCUGACGUGUCUCGCAGUUUUCCGCUAUGUAGUGGUGAUGAAGCCUUUGAGGGCAGCACAGGUGCAGCGGAAGUUCUGGGGUAUAAUUGCGUGCUCAGCUGUCUGGAUAAUUGCCGCUGCUGAAAUCACUCCUAUGUUGACGAUGAUAUCCUUGGAAGAACAUGACAAUGAGACCUACUGCGUGGACUUUGCAAGUGCCAUACCUGUUGACGAUGUGCCUUGGUAUGGCUGGCUGCUCACUGCAUUCGGAUUUCUACUCCCCCUAGCUGUGGUGUUCAUGUGUUAUAUCGGCAUAGUGAAACAAUUAGUAAAAGGCCCCAACACGACCAGUCCCCGUCGGAUGCGUGCACGGCGCGUGACCGUGCUAAUCCUGGUUGUGUUUGUCGUGUGUUUCCUUCCGUAUCACAUUUUGCGUGUGCUGCGAAUUGAAAUUCGAAGGACACAAAAGAUACCGUGCACGGUGGAGCAUAUUGUUCAUGCCGCAUAUAUUAUCUCCAGGCCUCUGGCUGGACUCAACACGUUCUCUAACCUGAUUCUGUACAAUCUUUCAGGUGACAAGUUUAAGAGGGCCUUCCUCAGCACUUUUUACUGGGAAUGUUGGCUGCCCAAGGCCAGGUCGCUGCUUCACGUGGCCAUCAUCAGCAAGGCAGGCAGUGACCUGCCAGCAGUAUGA